CCAACAGUUCAUACCGAAUAGAAACGAAAAGAUGCUUAUCCUUUACGAAACUGCUGCUGGUUAUGCUUUAUUCAAGUUGGUGAACGAUGCUAAACUUGAAAAGUCGGAUGAUCUUUGGAAAGACUUUGAAUCUGCUGAAAAAGCAAACCAAGCUGUCAAACUUAAGGCUUUCACCAAAUUCGAAAAUACUACCGAUGCUUUAUCUGCUGUCACUGGUUUAGUGGAAGGCAAGGUACCCAAGAAUUUGAAAAAGUUUUUGGAAAGUGAAAUCUCUGAAAAGGAAAUGAAGAAGGAAAAGCUCAUUGUUAGUGAUCCCAAGCUUGGUAGCGCUGUUAACAAAAAAUUCGGUAUUAGUGUCUUGUCUGACUCUACUGUUAUGGAUCUUUACCGUGGUAUUCGUGAACAAUUUGAAUCUUUGGUGUCUGGUCUUUCUCAUCAAGAUUUAUCUGCCAUGUCUCUCGGUUUGUCUCACUCACUGUCACGUUAUAAGCUCAAAUUCAGUCCUGAUAAGGUAGAUACUAUGAUUGUACAAGCCAUUGCUUUGUUGGACGAUCUCGACAAAGAAUUGAAUACUUAUGCUAUGCGUGUCAAGGAAUGGUAUGGUUGGCAUUUCCCUGAAAUGGGCAAGAUCUUGGUCGACAAUCUCGCUUAUGCCAAGGUGGUCAAGGCCGUGGGUUUCCGUACCAAUACUCAAGACACUGAUCUUUCUGCUAUCUUACCCGAAGAAUUGGAAUCUGAAAUUAAGGAUGCUGCUGAAAUUUCUAUGGGUACUGAAAUUUCCGAAGAAGAUAUUGAAAAUAUUCAUGCUCUUUGUGAUCAAGUUAUCUCUAUUACCGAAUACCGAACACAAUUGUACGAAUAUUUGAAGAACCGUAUGAAUGCCAUUGCUCCUAAUUUGACUGCUCUUGUUGGUGAACUUGUUGGUGCUCGUUUGAUUGCUCAUGCUGGUUCCUUGAUGAACUUGGCCAAACAACCUGCUUCUACCAUCCAAAUCCUUGGUGCUGAAAAGGCUCUCUUCCGUGCCUUGAAGACAAAACACAACACUCCCAAGUAUGGUUUGAUCUAUCAUGCUUCUUUGAUUGGUCAAGCUGGUCCUAAACACAAAGCCAAGGUUGCUCGUAUGCUUGCCACCAAAUCCGCUAUUGCUCUCCGUGUCGAUGCUUUAGGUGAACAAGAAGGUUGUGAAGUUGGUGUAGAUGGUCGCAAUAAGGUCGAAGCUCGAAUCAAAUUACUCGAAAACCGUGGUAAUGGACGUGCUAACCGUGAUAAAUCAAGUCAGAAACAACAAAAAUUCCAAUUUAAUAAGACUGCUCAAUACAAUGCUCAAAAUGAUGUGGUGAUGACCGAAACAAAGCCUGUUGAAGAAGUUGUUGAAUCAAAGAAGCGAAAGGUGGAUGAAGUAGAAGAAUCAACAGAAGAAAAACCCGCUAAGAAGGAAAAGAAGGAAAAGAAGGACAAAAAGGAAAAGAAGGACAAGAAAGAAAAGAAGGAUAAAAAGGACAAGAAGGAAAAGAAGGAAAAGAAGGCCAAGAAGGAAAAAGAAUAGACUAGUAUAUUAUCAUUUUUUACCAUUAUUUUUUACUUUUUGUUUAUUUUAUUUCAUUUUCAUUUUUUUUUAAAAAAAAAAAAGCAAUAAAUAUUUGAUUUUGAUCAGACAA